AUGUCAAACGCACCAGCAGCAGCAUCUGCUUCUUGCAAUCAUGAACAUGACGACGACGAAGAGGAGGAAGAGAUCGCUCCGUCCCCUGCACCAGAUCGAGAUCCGUGCAACUUUGAAGCAGGCAACAACAACCACUAUGGCCAAUUUACCUGGACUGUUGCAUUGCCAGCGGCUCCAGCCGAUAAAGAUUCACUUGCUGAUAUCAGCAAAAUUCGACAGUUCAGUGAUGUCUUCGAAGUCGGGGGCUUCGAAUGGAAGCUGGAGAUGUAUCCUUACGGAGAUAGUCAAAGUGACAAAACACUUUCUGUGUUUCUGUGCGCAGUAGAUCGCAAACAACUGCCUGGAUGGAGCCAAACGGCACACUAUCAGAUUGCUGUUGUCAAUAAGGAUCCUUCCAAAACAUCAACUCACACCGGGUAUGAUAUAUUUCGAGGCAAACGUGACAGUGCCUGGGGUUGGAGCAAGCUGAUCAACCUAAGCAAGCUGCAUGAUGUAUCUCAGGGAUGGGCUGAUGACCAGGGGAAGAUUACUCUCCAGGCUACAGUACAUGUGGUGACCCACGAGUAUAUGCCUGUGAACAGGGUUUACAGGAAAUCAUUGUGCGGCUUGUACUAUGAAAGAGUUCUUCAAAGCUACUUCGAGCCUUUCUUGAAGGACGAGCUGCAAAGACUGGAUAAGCUGUGUGGAAACAGCGUCUUGCACAAAGGGUUCAGCGAUUUUUGGACAGGUUUACCUGAUGCUAAGAAGAGAGCUUUGUUGCAGAUUACCAUGGAUGAGGUGCUUCUGAACGUGAAAGCUCGAUUGUUUUCUCGAGACCAGCCAGCCACCUAUUUGGCUGCAGAUGUUAUCUUCAAGGCAGCGCAUGACUGCUCCAACGGCUUGCAAGACAGUGCGAAGAGAUCUCUUGUUGGUUGUACGGGGAUUGCAGUUGUGAGCGGUGGUGAAGGAACUGUCCUACGAAUCGAAAGAUUGACUCCCGAAUCAUCGGGUGGAUUAAGUUCUCUUGUAAGUAGGCAUGACAGUGUCGAUCAGCUGACUGCUGGGACAUUGAAAGCAUCAUCUCGUGUGAUGCUCCGCACUCACAAAGGCGUUAUAAGGAUGAGCAACUCCGCCAAUUUUGUUGAUGUCUUCCGUGCUCAAGUAUCCGACGCUCUGGACAAUGUGAGAGCGCUGGUCAAGCACCUAAAACCACAAAGCUGCGAUGGAGCUUGCCUUGAAGCUAUGGGUCGUCAAAUGCUCUCAGUAUUUGCUAUGUGUGGGAUGUAUAUUACCAACGUACACCCGGCUUAUCAUGAGAAACUGGCGUUGCAAUUGCAAGAGGAUCUUAUCCGUGAGGAGGAAGAGAAAAAUCAGAAGGCAGAAGCAAAGAAGCAAAAGCAAGCUGAAAAGAGAAAGAAGCAACAAGAGGCAAAAGCUGCUAAGAAGGCCGCAGAAGAAGCAGCGAAGAAGGCUGCGGAAGAGGAAGAGAAGAAGAAGAAGGAAGAAGAGAAGGCCAAGAAAAAGGCUCAAGAAGAAGAGAAGGCUAGAAAGAAAGCAGAAGCUCGACGAAAAGCACAGGAAGAGGCAGAGAAGCAAAGAAAGCUGGAACUAGAAGCUGAGGAACGCCGUAAGGCAGAGGAAGCCGAAAGGAAGGCAGAAGAAGAGGCUGCUAGACAAGCAAUGGUCGAAGAGGAGGAGAAAGAAGGUGGGGUUGAGUAUGCCAAGAAGCAGCAGAUAGCUGCGAUCAUGCGUGACAACUCCCUCAACCCCGUCCAACGACAAUUGCGCGUACAGGCAAUAUUGGCUGGUAAGGUUGACGUUUCUUCCACCAUGCCGACCCAAACGGUGGCUUCAAAUCAUUCGAAUGGCUACCAGUCAGUUGCGCCAGCUUCAAAGGCUGAGAACAAUUCUGCAUACUUCAAUCAAGGUCCCGCACUCACACGAUCUCAACCUCCAGCACAUGCUCAAGCACAAGUUCAGACUCGUGUUCCAGCUCGUGCAUCGGCUCCGGCCCAAGCCCCAAGCCCAGCCCAGCCCCAGCCCCAGCCCCAGCCCCAGACGCAGCUGCGUUCUCAGCCACAAAUCGUGCAGCAGCCUAAAGCACAGCCUCAAAUUCACAAGCCUCAGGUGCCGAUACAUACAAGUACACCUUCGCAUGUGCCGUUGUCAAACGGAAAUGGACACCCAAGGUGGCAGCCGCAAAGCAAAGGAGUUUUUUCAGAGGAAGAAGUCGACGUGGAGUCAUUCGCGCUCAACCCGCUGACAAGCAUUGAGCAUGUCAUGGCUAUUGCUACCUCGUUAGAUCAAAUACCAGCCACAUCUGACCCCGGAAGUUCGUUUGUGCCGUACUCGGCAUUUCAAGGAAACAUGCCAUUCGCAGGUUCCAACAAUUCGUUCGGGGCUGUUCCAUUUGUGGGAGGUCUCUCGGCCCAUUCUGGUACCACGGGCUCUCGGCUGUUUGAACGGUGGGCUCAGCCUUCAGGUGGAAGCAACGGCGGCUUGUACCAAGGCGGGUUGCUGGUCAACCAUAAUGGUUCUGACUCGGAGGAGAACUACACAGAGGCUAGCUUGGCGUCGACUGCUUCAGGCGCGCGGACUCCCAUGAAUUUUGAAGUUGAUGACGGGCUUCCAAGCUCGCCAGAAGUGCUUCAAUCGGAGAGUAUGGCCACAAGCUGCGCGCUUGCAGCUCUUGAUCCGUGUCAGAAGGUGCAGCGAGGAACGGUCAUGGCGUCCCAGCGGCUUGGGAAGCCCCUUCUUCGUAAGUAG